UUUUCAAGCCACCACCACACUUUCUAUAUUUCUCCGACCGAUGGGUGUCGCGCUUCAACUCAGCCGCGCGUCUUCAGUGCGGUGCUUUGACUCCUUUCGGCCACCGUACACACAGAGAGCGCUGUUGCAGGAAAACGCUUUCAAGGCGUGAAUAACAAUGUAUGAUAAUCCCACAGAAGCGUUUUAAUUCAGUUGAUCAUGACCGAGUACUCACACGUCAAGUCCACCAAGCUGGUCCUGAAAGGAUUAAACGAUAAAAAAAAGAAGAAAAAGAACAAGGACAAAAAGAGAAAACGAGAUGAUGAAGACAAGCUGGAUGUCGUUGGAGGAUGGUGGACAGUGAAGAGUUUCGGUGAGAUCACAGGCUCAGUGGCCAUUGAGAUGCACAGAAAGUCCUUCAUUCAUGCGCUGGACACUGGACUCUUCACUGUAGGAGCUCCUCAUAAAGACGAUGAAGGCCCAGAUCCUCCAGAGCAGUUCACUGCCAUCAGAGUCUCAGACUCCAGGAUAGCGCUGAAGUCAGGCUAUGGGAAGUAUUUAGGUAUAAACUCAGAGGGUGUUGUGGUUGGUCGAUCAGAUGCCAUCGGCUCCAGAGAGCAGUGGGAACCAGUGUUUCAGGAUGGUAAAAUGGCCUUACUUGCUGCAAACAGUUGUUUCAUCUCGUACAGUGAGAGCGGAGACAUAGUGGCCAAAAACAAGACAGCGGGAGAGGAGGAGAUAAUCAAGAUCCGUUCAUGCACAGAAAGAGAGGUGAAGAGAAAAGACGAUAUUGCAGAUGAAGACAGGGGUGAUGUCAAGAACUGUGAGGUCAACUACGUGAAGAAGUUCCAGAGUUUUCAGGAUCGGAAGCUGAGGGUGAAUGAGGAAGACAGCGGUACGCUGAAAAAAGCCAGAACAGAAGGAAAAUUCCAUGAGGCCCUGCUGGACAGGAGAGCCAAGAUGAAGGCUGACCGAUACUGCAAGUGAAACCAGAAGUGUUUUUUUUCCCUUCCUCACCAUUAUAAUUUUACAUAGUCAUGGAAUCUCUGCCUUUUUUUUUUUAUAAUAAACCUAGUCACUUUUCACAAGAAAAUCUUUUGUUGUUGUUGUUUUUAAAUAGCCUAUCAAUUAUA